AUGAGCGUAUAUUUGGUGACGUUACAGAACUUUGCAAAUAUGUCAGAAGAUUACAUAUCAUUAUGUUCAUUAUACGAGAAACGGUUUCUUAAAGUUAACGACGGUGAUAAAGAUAUCGUCGCCAUUUCCAUUCCCAUUGCCAGUUCAAAAUAUGUGGGGUUGAAAUGUAAACGGUUACCUUCACAUAUACUGACUACAAGCCACUCUGGCUAUUCUGUACGUAUUAAUUACAUGGGAAAAUACAAUGGUGAUUAUAUCAAUUUAGCAGAGAAAUAUAACGAAGAUUCCGCAAGAAAUCCUAUCAUUCGCUACACAUUACGAACGUAUCUUAUGUAUGUUGAAACCCUUGGUCAGCUAAAUGGAAAGAGAUGCCUGAUACUUGAUGAGAAGUAUGAUUGUGGGUGUGAGUGUGCCCGUGUUUAUUGGGGGCGUGGCAGAGACAUUGAGGUGGAAGAUCCAGCCACGCCCCCCUGGCCUGAGUGGCUGACCUCUGGAGUUGGUCAUACCUGCCCUUUUUGUGGCAAGACCUUCCUGAAGAAGUUCAAUCUGGUGACUCAUGUGCGCAUCCACACUGGUGAAAGGCCUUUCCAGUGUCCUCACUGUCCAUACCGAGCCAACCACUGCUCCCAUCUGAAGUCUCAUGCUUGCCAUGAUGGAGGCGUUGUGAGUGGCAGUAGGAUACCACCUCCGUCAGGGUUUGGGGCAGAUGGGAAGCACCUCAGACUGACUUGCCCUUAUUGUGGGCACACCAGUCGGGACAGCUACGACUUGAAGAAACACAUAAGAACUCAUACUGGAGAGAAACCAUAUGCCUGUCCACAUUGCCAAUAUAGAGCAAGCACUAGUAGUAGCAUCAAGUCUCACAUGGACCGUCAUCAUUGGCAUCACUGA